CGCGUUUCUCCUCUCUCUCGUUGUCUUGCUUUCGUUCCUUCUCACGUUCUCCGACAUCUAAUUUCUAAUCCUCAUCAAUAUGCCACGUCUCCAAGUUACUCGCCGAACAUCGCUUUUGUCUACGAACCUGCGGACCACAUUUCUCGAAGCUUUCGGACGCAAUGUUUCCGCGCGUAGUACCAACGCGGAAGCCAGAGGUGUCUCUGACCCAAUCGACCUUCAUGCGGUCGCCCGCCGCAUUCAAGCAGAGAUUCAUCAUGCGUCUGGUCGUUACUGUCCCCUCCACCAGGUGAUCUCGUCCAUUCAUGACCUCAAGCGCGAUGAUCUAGGCACCAUUUCAAGCUAUGUGAGCUCUACAACAUCUUCCACUCCUGACUCCGUCCGCAUCGUUAUAACGACCACCACAAACACGCCCGAUAUGGCUGCUGUUAAUUCCUCCAUGUCGCGCCGUCGCACUGCACGCAAUCUCCCCGCACUACAUUGCCAGCUGCCCUUGCCGCCUGCAGGAUUGCCCUGGCCCUCUACUACAGCUGCGAGUCCUUCUCCCAGCUUGACUCCCACGUGCCUUAUUCCCCCGAUAAUUUCUUCACUCUCACCCUCGUCCGGGAGCGAGGGCAGCUACCCUAUCACACCUAUUGAUCAGAUUGUUCAUACACCCCUUACCCCGCCGAAGUUGCCACGCCUGGUCCCCCCUCCACCUCGCACCUGGGCACGGCUGAACGCGCAAGCGCGGAAGGGCGAGUCGUCCCCGCUCGGGACCCCCACACUUCCCCUUUCUCCGUACCUGCUUGGGCCGAUGGGUACUGCCAAGCCUACCCUCGACCGUCUCCAUAUUCCCGACGCACCCACGGGGGAAGUCAGGUUUCUCACUGCGCAGCCGACCCCUUCGCCACAAGCUCUCUCGCCUUUCGACCUCGGCAUCAAGGGCUACUUCCCUGCAGGCUUCUCCUCGACGUUUGAGGGCAAUAUAAGGCUCACCCCUGUGCGUACAACGUCGUCGUCGGAGCUGGCGCGUACUGCGCUUCUUCGCUCAACCUGCCCCUCCGGGGCUCGCAGAUUCUCUAACAAUCUCGGUGUCGCGACGGAUCGCGUCGGCUCGCCUUCGGCCCCGCUUGCCGGCGCCGCUUUGAGCUCCCCGCUCAACGGGCAGCCCCUUGCGUCCCCUUUCAUAAUACGUUCGGAGGCGGUUGACGGGGAGUAUUUCCGCACCUAA